AUGCAGCUUACUCUGUCGACCCCACAAGAUGCUGCUGCGUUUAUCGCAACACUCAGCCAAGGGCUCAUACAACCAGCUUCGCACGCAUCGUCCAGCCCUCUAGAGCCAUCGGCUGCCGUCAAUCUCCUCAAAACGUCCAACGAGAGCGCACAGGGGCGCAGCAAUCAUACGGAGGGAGUAGGGGAGGCACAGGUCUCAGAUGUGUUGGCAAGAGGACAUGUUACAGACCUUGAUGCGCAUUACUGGCCUCAGGGCUGGGCUCUACGGGAGAAGAAGGGGCCUGAUGACUUCGAAUGGAACGAGAACAAGUGGGUCUGGUCUUCCAACGGGUUUUCAAACCGGAAGGGGUGCAAGGCCAUCGGUGCUGUUGACCACAUCCAGUGCGACGCAGCCGUAUAUAUCUACGAGGCACAACGCGAUGGGCAGCGCUUCAAGGUAUGGGAACACUCCGAUCCUCGGGCAGCACGCAACGCUGUCGAAAAGAGCAAGGCUAGGCUGGGCUUGACGUCUGGUGGCUCCAAGGGUGGUCGGGCGGUCCUGAGGGAGCUCGGGGGUCUCAACAACAAGCUUGGCAUGCGAUUCAUCAUCGAGUCAAGCUUCAGUGGACCUACAUACUUCACCCUGGAGUCGCCGUUCAUGCUCGAUGUUAUCAGAGACAGCGUUCAAGAUUGGAUCGUUCAGGACGACUCUGGGUCUGAUGCCGGCCGUCAUGGCUUCUGUACUGAUGGCGACCACUCGUUCUUUGCUGGCACGGGCACUCUCUUGGCAACAUGUGCAUUCAGUACGGUCAUACAGCAGUGGAUCGACGCACUGGACACCGAUCAUCAUCGCCCCCAUUUCCGACGCCUCAACAAGCAUAUCUUGGACGUUUCUGGGGAGCAAUUUGACCCGAAGUACCUCACCACGAUCAUGGACUUCUCCCAGGCGCAACGAUCUGCACAUGCUGAAGAGUUUGUAGAUGCCAUGAUCUCUCGCAUCGCAGGCUGGGACCGGCUUUCUGGUGCCGCACAGAAGCUUGAGCGCGCUCGCUUUCUGGAGGAUGCUUCCAAGUAUCAGCAAGGUUGUCGAGUCCACUUCCAGUGUUCUGUGAUGCGUAUCAAGAAGGACAAGGCCAUUGUACCAGCCCAUCUUCAGGACACUUAUGAAACGUCCAUUAACACUCUCCUCGACACGACAUCCGCCGAAGUUUUCACCAUGACGAUGCAGCGGCUUCGAACUGACUUCCCCACUGUCCUUCAAGAGUGGAUCAGCUGGUGGGAGCAAGACCACAUCGCUGCCAUGAUCUUCCCAGCUCUUCAGCAAGGUCCCGACGUCGAGUUUCGGCACUCAGAGAUUCCUCAGACAUCCAACCCUAUUGAGACGCAACAUUCUCUCCUCCAUCACGCUACGGGGAAGUCACAUCAGAUUCCGCAAGGAAUCGAAGCUCUCUUUGCCCAUGUCAAUCAACUCAAAGCUCAGUAUGACGCUGCGAAGGGUACGCACUUGUCUACCCCUUAUUUUAGCAUCGGGCCAUUACAAUCCUUCUGCACCUCGGUCUCGCUCUACUCGGCUCCCAUCCAUGAGAUUCAACGAAAACGAUGGGCGGGGCGUGCUCCAGACACUUAUGAAGCUCUUGUGCAGGCAGAGCCUGCUCCCUCUUCGCUGCAUGAUACACAUAGUGGAGCCAUCGAGACGCGCUGGGAUAUUGUUACACCCUCGAAUGGUUAUGGAUCAUCUCUGACUUGGAUAACUCUGGCUAUACAAGAAAUGGACGACGAGCAAGUGUCAUCUAUGUUUGGUGUUCAGCACGAAGCACUCGCAGUCUGUUCUUCUGGACAUAUCAGCUACCCAUCUCGUUCACCAAUCGUCACACGCUUUGCGCUCACGAACCGCGACACGAAAGUGAUGAAUAUCCUACGCUCCGAGGUUCUCAUGGUCGUUCCGGAGACACGAAACGAUACAGCUGCUGCCUACGCAUCUAAAUCUGCUCAUAGCGUCACAUUCCCCCUCCACUUCUCCCUAUCAACGGCUUCACCUCUCAGUGUCGGCCAAAGCAGCUCAUCAAUCGGUUCAUUCACUAGCAAUUCAAGCUUGGUGGACUAUCAGAUUGUCGGGCAGGUGCUCUUUCAUCCCAAGCGUGGCCACUACACUGCACAGGUUGUCCUGGGUGACAUGACAUAUGACUACGACUCUAUGCAGGGUGAUGGGUUGUUGCACCACGUCGGGUCAGCGACGAUGGUAACUACACCUACACGAUGUACUGGGAUUGUGUUCUAUCACCGUAACUCUGGCGAACAGACCACUUUUAGUACAAUGUCGUCCAUCCAAGCUUCGAUCGAUGCUUAUAAUCGUAACCCCAUCGGACCGCUAGAUGGUGGCGAAGUCUCAGAUAGUGAUGAUCUUCCCAGUGUGCACAAGCUUCUGCAGGAGCCGCACGCCAGUCGGAGACCAUCGCAUGAUACCGUUCAAGAGUUUAUUGAAGAGGCAGUCAAUGACCCAGACACCAACGGCAUGCGUCUCUUACACUCUCGGGAGCCUUCAGACACUUCCAUGUCCAGCAUUGAUGAUCCUCGGGAUGGACGCAUGGUUGUUGGAUGCAGCCGAUGCGAGAAGUGGUCUCACAAGGACUGUAUAGAGGAGCAAUUUGGCUUGCCUGACAAUAUCAAUGAUCCCAAGGUUCUAUGGCUCUGUCCCUACUGUUCAAACGCUCCUAUGUGGGAUAACUCGAUGAUAAUCGAGAUCGAAGAAGCUCAGCCUGAACGACGUGGGCUGCAACAAGUACACUCGCUCAGAGCAGAAACAACCCAUCAGGACGUCGAUUCCUGCCCAUAG